CGAAUAAUUCUGAUACCGUCAACAAAAGCAAAUACUCUCGGGUAUUCCGGCUAUUUAACCCGUAGAACCGGGCAGCGCCGCAUGCGGUAUUGUCGAGUAUUAGACAGACGAUUAGGUUUCCAAAUUCAAAAAAUCUCCGGAAGCAGUUUGAGAAUGGGUCCGCCAAGCCAGCCGAAACGAACCUUCCUUGGCUUCGACUUGAGUACGCAAAAGCUCAAAGCCGUCCUCCUGGGCUCUAAAUUGGAGGUAGUUGCCUCUGCUGAAGUGAAAUUUGACACCGAUUUGCCGGAGUUCCGGACCAAUGGAGGAGCCAAUGCCGGACCCAACAAAAAUGAAUAUUAUGUACAGCCUGUAAUGUGGGUGAAGGCCAUGGACAUUGUCUUGGACCGACUGGUAAUGCAGCAGGCGGAUCUUAGUACUGUUGUGGCUAUCAGUGGAUCCGGACAACAGCACGGAUCUGUAUACUGGUCCAAACACGGAAUCAAAACCUUGAAAAAUCUCGACUCCGACAAGUUCCUUCACGCACAAAUCGACGACUCUGCCUUUGUGGUCAACCGUACUCCCAUUUGGAUGGAUGCCACCACCACAAAACAAUGCCUAGAGAUGGAAAUGGCCGUUGGCGGCACGCUGAAUAUGGUUAAACUGACCGGCUCUAAGUGCUACGAACGCUUCACAGGCCCCCAAAUCCGGAAGAUCUAUCAGAAGCGCUGUCACGCCUACGAAGAGGCUAAACGAAUCUCAUUGGUCAGCAGUUUUAUAUCAUCGCUCUUCCUCGGCUCUGUGGCACCGAUUGACUUCAGUGAUGGUUCCGGUAUGAAUCUGCUGGACAUUCGACAGAAGAACUGGUCCAAGGAGUGUCUAAAUGUCUGCGCCCCCGAUCUUGACGAGCGUCUGGGGCUCCCCGUCAGUCCACAUACGGUUGUAGGCGACGUCUCCCAGUACUAUGUUCAGCGUUUUAGCUUUUCGCCCAAAUGCAAAGUAAUCGCCAGCACGGGAGACAAUCCAUCGGCGCUGUCUGGGAUGUUGGUGGGAAGCAAUUGGUUGACCAUUUCCCUCGGCACAAGCGAUACCCUAAUGGUGAGUUUGCCAGAGCCACUGAACUGGGAGGAGGGACAUAUUUUGUGUCAUCCAACCGAUACGGAUAACUUCAUGGGCCUUCUAUGUUUCAGAAAUGCAUCUUUGGUUCGCGAAGGCUUGAAUAAGACAGCUACCGGUGGCAAUUGGGAUAAAUUUAAUGAGUAUCUCGACUCCACGCCACGUGGAAACUUCGGAAAUAUGGCCGUGCACUUUAACGAUAUGGAAAUUAUACCUAAGGCCCAGGGCAUUCUGCGAUGGAGCAAGGAGAUCAAACCCAACACUCCGGAGGCAGAAAAGGGUGUCAUCAAAUUUAGCUCACCUCAAAUAGAAAUUCGAGCUCUAGUUGAAGGCCAAAUGCUGCAUCACAGAGCUGUGGCCGAAGACCUUGGCUACAAAUUUGGGCCCGAUACGCAAAUUCUUGUCACUGGAGGCGCAUCCGUUAACAAAUCAAUCCUGCAGACAGUCGCAGAUGUAUUCAAUUCUCCUGUCCAUAUUCAGGAAGAUGGUUAUGAGGCUGCCUUGAUGGGAGCCGGUUAUAGAGCCGCAUAUGCGUUGUACGUUGAGGAGCUGGAUAAAAAGAAGACGGCCCUUAGUUAUCGAGAUUACGUCCUCAGUCUGACGGACAAUAAGCUGCAACUGGUAUGCGAACCAAACAAGGACAGCAAGGAAAUAUACGCGCCGAUGUUACUACGAUAUCGCGAAAUGGCCCGCGUCCUAGCUAAUACAGAAUCAUAGACUUUCCAAUUAACCCAACGUAACAUUCCGUUUUAUACUCCGAACAUUCCCCAAAAUCACUCCCAAAUUUCCUUCAAAUUUACUUCACCUAAAAACUAUAGAACUAACUAAAGUGCAAUUAACGAAUUCUGUGAUUGACGAUUUAUUACAAAUUUAUGCGAAACCAUAUACAAAUAAAUUUCUACAUAUGAUGGAACUUUUCUAAUUAA